CCUCACCUCCUUCUCUGGCUCCACCCUUUUUCUCUCCUCCUCCCUCUCACAACGUUAACAACCAACACCAAGCUACAACAACAACAAGGAACAGUACUUUGUGUUGGGAGAAUCUUCCAAACCCACGCAGAAGAGCAAUGGAGUCAUUGUCUCUCAGACUCUUCACUCUCACCGUUCUGCUUGCGGUGUUGUUUUCUGCUGCCUCCAACGCAGUCAAUGAAAGUGAGAUCACCAAACACAAGGCCACAGAAUCAAGGGAUGUGGUUGAGGAAAAGAAGUUGCGUGGUCAGAGCUUGAAGAAUUCGUCUAUGGCAGAAAGUUUGGAGGAUGCUUUGAAUGAACAUGCAAUUGAUAAUCCAGAGGAGAUUGCUUCUAUGGUUGAUGAGAGCAUCCGCAAUUCGACGGCUCGAAGGAAUCUGAAUUUCUUCUCAUGCGGGACGGGGAACCCAAUCGAUGACUGCUGGCGGUGCGACAAGCGGUGGUACCUCCGGCGAAAGAAGCUCGCCAACUGCGGCAUCGGCUUCGGCCGCAACGCGAUCGGCGGGCGCGACGGCCGCUACUACGUGGUGACGAAUCCGAACGACGACGACCCCGUGAACCCAAAACCGGGAACGCUCCGGCACGCCGUGAUUCAGGACCAACCCCUGUGGAUCGUGUUCAAGAGGGACAUGGUGAUCACACUGAAGCAGGAGCUGAUAAUGAACAGCUUCAAGACCAUCGACGGGCGCGGCGUCAACGUCCACAUCGCCUACGGCGCGUGCAUAACCAUCCAGUUCAUCACCAACGUCAUCAUCCACGGCCUCCACAUUCACGACUGCAAGCCAACGGGCAACGCCAUGGUUCGCAGCUCCCCCUCCCACUACGGAUGGAGAACGCUCGCUGACGGGGAUGGCAUCUCCAUCUUUGGUUCAAGCCACAUUUGGAUCGACCAUAACUCCCUCUCCAGUUGCUCUGAUGGACUCGUCGACGCCAUUAUGGGCUCCACUGCCAUUACCAUCUCCAACAACUACUUCACCCACCACAACGAGGUCAUGCUUCUGGGUCACAGUGACUCUUAUGUCCGCGACAAGCAGAUGCAAGUGACCAUUGCUUACAACCAUUUUGGGGAGGGACUUAUCCAAAGGAUGCCCAGGUGCAGACACGGGUAUUUCCACGUGGUUAACAAUGACUAUACCCACUGGGAAAUGUAUGCAAUUGGUGGCAGUGCUGAUCCCACAAUUAACAGCCAAGGCAACAGAUACCUUGCUCCUUUGAACCCUUUUGCCAAAGAGGUAACAAAGAGAGUAGACACGGGUGCAUCCGUAUGGAAAAGUUGGAAUUGGAGGUCUGAAGGAGACCUUUUGCUGAAUGGAGCCUAUUUCACCUCUUCGGGAGCAGGAGCUGCAGCGAGCUAUGCUAGAGCCUCAAGUUUGGGGGCGAAAUCAUCUUCUUUGGUUGGUACCCUUACCUCUGGAGCUGGUGUUCUUGACUGUCGCAGGGGUAACAUGUGUUAAUAUCAAACACACUACAACCAAAGGAAAACCCAAUUGAAACACCCGAAGAAUACCUAAAACAUAAAAAUGAGGCAGAGAAAAGCAUAAAG